AGGCAUAAUAUCAUUACAGAGGUCUUCCACCUGUUUUAAACAACACGACAAGCUGUGAGCAAGCAUGCGUGUGGGGAGGGAUGGGUGUGGGUAGGAAGAGAGGCAAGUGGAGAACAGCUCCCCUCGGGCGCCAGGGGCCGCCCCCGAGGGCCCGCCUGCCUCGGGCGACACCGGCCUGGCGCGCCCCCAGCCGCUCCCUGUGCCCGGGAUACGCCGCCUGGGCUCGGAAGCUGGAGAGUCAGCGCCGGGGCCGGACUGCCAGACCGAGGGCUGCAAGAAGAAGCGAACAAAUAGUCCCCAGCGCCUCCUCCGGCUGCGGUCGCGUCUGUGGUCCUGGCAGCACCUGGGCGGGCCAGGACCGGCCGGGCCGGGCCGAGCCGGGCACAUGGACCGGGCCUGUCGGCUCUAAUUGCGGCGCUUAUGUUGAUGAUUUUUUUUUUUAAAUCACAGCAGCCCCCAGUUUAGCGGACUGAUUUACUCCCGGUAUUGGUAAAUAUGAUCACGUGGGCCGCGCGACCAAUAGUGGAGGCUGCAGCCUGCGAAGUAGUCUGCUGCUCCGGCGCCGGCGGGGAGCGGCUUGGAGGCGGACAGUGUAACCUUGGGUGGGAGCGCGGGGCGCCUCAAAAUGUCUUCCAGUGGCACCCUCAGCAACUACUACGUGGACUCGCUUAUAGGCCAUGAGGGCGACGAGGUGUUCGCGGCGCGCUUCGGGCCGCCGGGGCCAGGCGCGCAGGGCCGGCCUGCAGGUGUGGCUGAUAGCCGGGCCGCCGCCGCCGCCGAGUUUGCCUCGUGUAGUUUUGCCCCCAAAUCGGCAGUGUUCUCUGCCUCGUGGUCCGCGGUGCCUGCCCAGCCCCCGGCGGCGGCGGCGAUGAGCGGCCUUUACCACCCGUAUGUUCCCCCGCCGUCCCUGGCCGCCUCUGCCUCAGAGCCCGGCCGCUACGUGCGCUCCUGGAUGGAGCCGCUGCCCGGCUUCCCGGGCGGUGCGGGCGGUGCGGGCGGUGGCGGUGGCGGUGGCGGUGGUGGUGGAGGCGGCGGCCCGGGCCCCGGUCCCAGCCCUGGCCCCAGCGGCCCAGCCAACGGGCGCCACUACGGAAUUAAGCCUGAAACCCGAGCAGCCCCGGCCCCCGCCACGGCCGCCUCCACCACCUCCUCCUCCACUUCCUUAUCCUCCUCCUCCAAACGGACUGAGUGCUCUGCGGCCCGGGAGUCCCAGGGGAGCAGCGGCCCCGAAUUCUCUUGCAACUCGUUCCUGCGGGACAAGGCGGCAGCGACGACGGGGGGAACCGGGCCUGGGGCAGGGAUUGGGGCCGCGACUGGGACAGGCGGCUCGUCGGAGCCCUCAGCUUGCAGCGACCACCCGAGUCCGGGCUGUCCGCUGAAGGAGGAGGAGAAGCAGCAUUCACAGCCGCAGCAACAGCAACUUGACCCAAACAACCCCGCAGCGAACUGGAUCCACGCUCGCUCCACCCGGAAAAAGCGCUGUCCCUACACCAAAUACCAGACGCUUGAGCUGGAGAAAGAAUUCCUCUUCAACAUGUACCUCACCCGGGACCGGCGUUACGAGGUGGCCAGGAUUCUCAACCUAACAGAGAGACAGGUCAAAAUCUGGUUUCAGAAUCGUAGGAUGAAAAUGAAAAAGAUGAGCAAGGAGAAAUGCCCCAAAGGAGACUGACUCGGCGCGGUGCUGGCGGGAGCGCUCAAGGGCAGCGGUUUUUGUUGUUGUUUUUUUCCUUUGUGGGUGCUUGGUGCUUGAUUUCCAGAAACUCUCCAGCGACUUGGACAUUUUUUUUUUUCUUUUUUAGAUAGAAGUGACUGUGUGGUUGGUCUCUGUGAGGUAUUUGGGGGACUCUGUAUUUGCUCGUUUAUGUGUUGGAAAAACCAAGUGGCUUUGGGGUUUCGCCCUAUCCCACUCCCUUUCCUGCUCCAUUGGUUCCUUAAGAAAUGCUAUAUUUUGUGAGUGCACGCUGGCUUGGGGAGCCCUCUCUUGUGUAAAUGUCCCCCAUGUUUCUAAAAAGUGCUGUAGUUUAGUCCCCUCACCCCCAGCGCUGCCCAAACAGGGGCCAAAUGCGCCCCAAUUCCAAGAAUGAAGGCCGAGCGACAACAGUGCGGACACGCCGGCUGCUAGCCCACGCUGAAGCCCGGCCGGGUUGCCCACCAGUUGCGAAAGCCCCCUUUCCUCAGGGAGCCCAUGGGACCUCGGCGGAGAUCUCCAAUGAGGCCUAGAGAGGAGCCCAGGGCCUUGGGCGGGUUGGGGUUUGUCCUCAGUGCAUUGGACGCGCUACUCUCUCCCCCGAAGGCUGGGCUCGCGUGGGCGGCCGCGGAUGGUGGCCGUCCCGGUUCCUGCCCGAGGACCAGUUGUAAAUGUUACUGCUUCCUACUAAUAAAUGCUGACCUGAUCAAAUGGA